AUGCGUUCGCCUACCAUAAAACAAAGAAGUCGUGCAAGGUGUACAGAUAUCUUAUCAUCAUGGUUCAUGUCCAUCUACAUUAAGGUUAUCGAUGACGAAUUUCAAACAGAUCCUUGCAUGCUGCCUCACCACUGCAUUCCGAAGGAGAUUAAGACCAACUACGUAGAGCGUUACCUCUACCAGAAGCUUCAAAGCCAAGAAGAAGUAGAAGAAAUUAUGGACAAAUUUCAUCAGACGGGUUACGGAUCGCGAAGAAGGACGAUUGCAAAAAGUCUGGAGAAGCACGAUCGCCCGAGGGCUACUCUCGACAGUGUCCCAGAGGACCUAAGAACUUUAACGGAUGGCUCACUCUUUCUCCAAUUCAGCCAACCAGGAUUGUACAUCUAUUUCUCAAGGAGAACACUUCAGAAAGCUGUGGACAACGGGAUGACUGCAAUUGUGGCUGACGGGAUACAUAGACUUCCCCCCGAAGAGCUGGGCAAGGAUGGGCAGCUCUACACGAUCCAUGGAGUUUGCAACGGAGGUGUAGACGUCCCGCUCGUACACGUGCUCACAAAGAAGAAAAACCUUUCCGUGUACGAGAAGGUCUUCAGCAUUGUUAAACAACAACUACUGGCCCUCGGCGUCGAUCUUCAGCAGCUGCGCAUUUUAAUUGAUUUUGAGCGAGCAGCGCUAGCGGCUUUGAGGGUAAGCGCUUUAACAAAAUGAAG